UGUUUUCCAAAACAUGGGAAAAUAAGACAUGUUUUCCUCCAUAACAAACACACACCGUAAGAAGAAAGAAAUUUCUUUUGACACAUGCUAAAAAUAACCAUGACAUGACUCCUAUAUAAACAAACAUUACAUUUAGAAGCAGAAGAGUUAAUUGUUCAGUUAUCGCUAAGUAACUUACUACUCCACAACUACAAUUUCAAAAAAAGAAACCACUUCUCCACUGCUGCAUACAUGGAGAUGAAUCGGAGUAAUGUUAGUGGUGCCAUCAAUGACGGCCCUCUGUACGACAGUUUUAGGACGGAACUGCUGUCUCCUGCUGCUCAAGCGGCGGUGGAUCGCGAUCAGAUUCAGUCGUCAUGGAAGCUUAACGCUAGCGAAUUUCAUCUUCCAGAACGCCGCUCCCCUGAUUGUAAUUCCUUCAGUGUCCGUAGACUACUUCCCACUCCCAGGAAACAAGGUAAAAUUGCUGAAUACUACAAAAAGCAAGAAAGGUUGGUUGAAGGGUUCAAUGAGAUGGACACUAUUAAUGAAUCUGGUUGCUUACCUACAACUCUAAAUGAGGAUGAAAUGAAGCAGCUUGCUAGGAGUGAAAGGAUGGCUAUAUAUUUGUCAAAUAUGGCUAAUGUGCUCCUUUUCGUUGUAAAAAUCUACGCAUCUGUUCAGAGCAGAUCUUUGGCUGUAAUCGCAUCAACCUUGGAUUCCCUACUAGACCUCUUAUCAGGGUUUAUUCUGUGGUUCACUUCUUAUGCUAUGAAAAAUCCAAAUCAGUAUCGUUAUCCUAUUGGGAAAAAGAGGAUGCAGCCCGUGGGCAUUAUUGUUUUUGCAUCUGUAAUGGCCACGCUAGGAUUACAAAUACUGUUCGAGUCUGUAAAAGAACUCAUAAAUAAGUCUCGGCCUGAGAUGGACCAUGAGAAGGAAAAAUGGACGAUUGGGAUUAUGGUUUCUGUCACAGUGAUCAAGUUUCUGCUUAUGGUCUACUGUCGAAGGUUCAAAAAUGAAAUCGUAAGAGCCUAUGCCCAAGACCAUUUCUUUGAUGUCAUCACCAACUCAGUUGGAUUAGUGACUGUUGUCUUAGCAGUUCGAUUCUACUGGUGGAUCGAUCCUACAGGAGCUGUAAUUAUAGCUGUGUACACAAUUAGCACGUGGGCGAAGACGGUGGCUGAAAAUGUCUGGUCACUCAUCGGAAGAACAGCUCCGCCAGAAUUUCUUACGAAAUUAACUUAUCUUAUAUGGAAUCAUCAUGAAGAGAUCAAGCACAUCGACACAGUCAGAGCAUAUACAUUUGGCGUGCAUUACUUUGUCGAAGUUGAUAUAGUAUUGCCAGAGGACAUGCUUUUGAACCAGGCUCAUAACAUUGGUGAAACACUGCAAGAAAAAUUGGAGCAACUCACUGAAGUUGAGCGGGCUUUCGUCCAUAUAGACUUCGAGUUCACUCACAGGCCAGAACACAAAAUCACAGUGUAAUGACAUAUUGUCUGCAUCAAGUGCCCUUACUCAAAAUGAUAUUCAUUUUGAGUCGAGCUAAGGCGUGACAUCUAUCGCGCCUUACAAGGCGUGGCUAGUGUCUCGCCUUACCUUUUUUCACUUAACUAUCGCCCGUUAAUUGUUUAAUGUUAGGCGUGAGCAGCCUCAGUCUUUCGAUGC